AUGGAUUUCAAGGAGCUGCUGCUGCUGCUGCUGCUCUGCCUCUCCCGGCGGCGGAGGCGAUUCCCGGUGGGAAGCUCUGGGGUUCCCAGGUCCCGCCGCCUCCUCCUCUCACCCCCCUCCCAGCUCGUGCUCGUGGUGAUUUCCUCGCCGUCAGGUGCUGCCUGGUUACCAUCCCAGCAGCUCCAUCAUCAUCUCCUCCUCCUCCUCCUCCUCCUCCUCCGAGCGGGCUCUAAUCCCCGCACACGGAGCCGGGCGGGAGCGGCGGCCAACAGGAGUUGCUUUGUUGGUGCUGACUUGGCGUUCCCUGCUUCCACUCUGGAGGAGAUGGGUCGCAAGGAAGAGGAUGACAGCAGCUCCUGGAAGAAGCAGACGAGCAACAUCCGAAAGACCUUCAUUUUCAUGGAGGCCCUGGGAUCGUGAGUACCACAGCUGCUCCCAGGGCAGGGGAUCCUCCAGAUCCCACCUUCCCAGCCCAGGGCAGUGACUCCCUUGCUGGCACUGGCUCCCUCUGAGACAGUCCCUGGUCUCAGGUGAGGGUGGGUGCCCAUCCUCCUGCAGGGGUGCUGCUGGUGCUCUGAUUCAUGGCUUGUGUGUGCCUUGAAGCACCAAAACAGCUCCUUCCCUCCCAGCCCCAGGCACAGCUCCAGUUCCUCUCUGCCCUUCCCUCCAUCCCCUCUAAGAUUGCAGGAAACCUCAGCUGAAUAAGUUCUAGGUCCGUUCCUGCUGAGGAAUAUCACAACAAGUCAUAUAUUUAGCUCAGAAACCCUGACUCAGUCGGGGGAUGAAACAAAAACAAGGAUGUUGGAGUCGUACAAUCCUUCCCUGUGAGUUCACAGCUUCAUUUGCCUAUUCAUGGGGGAUGAGACAAGAAAACAUUUCCAAGGUGGUGGAGGAGGAAUUGAAUUACCUCCACCGGCGGGUUCUGUCAUGGAAAAAUGUUCUGUGACUCCAGAGCCCACAACAAAGCUCCCAAAAAACAGCCACAUCAGAGCUGGGUGACGUUUUGACUGUGUCCCUCAGCAGCCUCAGAAAUUAGUGAAAUUAUCCAGCAGCUUUCACUAAAGGAAUGAGGUUAGAAAGAGCUUUGUUCUCUCCUAGCCAACUUGUUGAUUCAUCAUUUUUUAAUAAGGGGCAUAAUUAUUAUAAACUGUUUGGGACAGAUACAUAGAACAGAUGCCCCAGCAGCUGAUUUGUAGGUUGUUCAUUUCCUACUAUUACAUUAAUAGGAAAA